AUGGAUCCAGUAGGACCAUGGUCAGCAUAUGCUUCUUACAAUCGGCUAGCAGGGGUUCAGGCUGGUGCUGCAAGUGGAGAUUUUCAUCACCAUCUAGCAAGUGGUGGUUCUGGUAUUGGCAGCCAGUCUGUUCCAUCAACUACAAGCCAAUUGUUGCUUCAGGCGGCUCACACAACAGCAUCGUUAGCUGGACAACUUGGUUCAUCAACUGCUUCACCCUUUAACCCUGGUGGAUUUUUAUCACCACCCACUGUUGGGUAUGAUGCAGUAUUUUCACCUUUGUUUCAUCAUGCAAGUCCAAAACCUGCACAUUACAGUUCUUCUCUUCAGGCACAACAUCGGCAAGUAAUUGCGCAAGCUCAAGCUGUAGUUGCAUCCAAACAGUCAUCAGUGGAAACUGAACUUUCUUCUUUAAGAGAAAAUUACUCUCAUCAAACAUUAGCACAAGGAACUACAUUUUUUGACCAAUCAUCAACCCCUGGCAGCACAACUGGGUUAAGUUGGCAAGGAAAUAAUCAACUCCCAAGUCCAUUUGGGAUUUUACCUCAUGAAAGUGUUGUGCCCUCAUCACCAAGCCCAGCUACGACAAAAGCUUCAGUAGCCUAUGAAAAUUUUAAUGCUCAUUUUGCUGCUGCACAGUCACUUAACAAUCACCUUAAUUCACAACUUUCCAGUGCUGGUAAACAAACAAAUAGGUCAGGUUCGCCUGCUACUGCAUCUAAACAACCUGUGUCUUCAACUUCAUCAACAUUUUUUCAAUCUCCUCCUGCAUUUGGAAAUCAGACGGAUAAUUCAUACAGUGCAAGUGGUGCAAAGAGUGGUCAACUUUCAUCUCAACAGGAUUAUGCUGGAAGUAAGUCAUAUUCAAGUUCUGCAAGUUCAAAUGUUCAUUCUCAACAAUCAUGUAUUGUGUCAACUCCAUCAGUAACCUCAUCCUCUACACCACCCAGUAAAGAAUACUGCACAUCGUCUAGUGAUUCUACUAGGCCUUCGGUUUCCAUAUAUAAUUCCCAUUCCCCUAAAAAUACUAGUAGUGAAAAGUCAUCCAGAACUACUCACAAUACAAGUAGCAGUUUUGUAUCACCAACAUCUAAACCACCUCAAGUGCAAACUAAGGCACAAAGUAAAAUAUAUCCUGAGCUAGGUAAUGAACAGAGAAAAAGCUGUGAUUCUAAUGAAAAAAUUCAGCCACAGUCAUCCCCUAUAAGUUAUUCUAUUAUGGAUGCACCAGGAAGAUUAAGUUACAGUAAUAGUACUAAUUCAUCCACAAAAUCUAAUAGAAUGAAUAACUCUUCAUAUUCUUCCACUCAAAAUUCUAGUUUUAGACAUUAUCAAAGUGGUAAUAAUGUAGAAUCUGAUUAUCAUGUUCGUGCUAAAAGCAGUUCAAGCACAGACACAGGUUAUUCAAGUAGUAGUUCACAAAAUGGUCCCGAUUGUGGUGUUGUUAUAGGUAGACGACAGAGUCCAUUACAGUCAGUGCCACAAACAUCACCCCUAGGUCAUGGAUCUAGUCCUGCUUAUCCAUUGUACCAUAGUCCAAUGAAUUCAAUAAAUUCUCCACAACAACAUGGUGAUCAUUAUAGUAAGAUUAAUAAUUCAGCUCCGCGGUCUCCUCUAGAUGCAUCUGUAUCAAGAUCUCCAUCUCAAAAUAGUCAAGUGGCAUAUCCCUCUGUCAUUACUAGGGCCUUAGGGAUAGAACACAGUAAAAACUUUAAUGAAAAUAAAUAUGAAAGAAAUCAUAGUCAGGCAUCAAAUCAACCCUGUUGGGAAGCUGAUCGCCAAUUAAGUAGGAAAUACAAUAGUAAUGGUAGUAAUAGUAAUUAUAACUUACCUGAAAGUAAUACUCAUAGUGAGAAACCUUCUCAACCAUCUCAAAAUACAGCUGACAGGUUAACUGUAAAUGAUAAACAUCACUAUUUUGAUGGAAACAAUGUAGCCUUACAAGAUUUGUCCAGUUGUCGAGGUGAUCCCAUGAGUAUUGUUAAAAAUUUGCAAACCUUACAACAGAGUUGUCAGUUACAAGAUGUUAAAUCAAGUAAAAGUCAACCCCCAACCUCAAAUAUUUCACCACUGAACAAAUCAGUUCUAAGAAGAAAAAGUACUGAAAAACCUGUGCCUCAUGCAAAUAUGAAUGAAAUAUCUAAUGUAGUAAUGGCAGAUUAUUUAGCUAAUAGAAUACCACCACCUGCUCAUAGUUCAACAAAUAAUCAGCAACAAAAUGGUAGCUAUUUUGAUUUCGAAAGGUGGAAUCUUCCACCUCCUCCACCUAAAAUGUUUCCUGGCACUACACCCUUUGGUUCUCAAGCUCCCCUUCAUGCAACAAAUUUUGCUAAUCAACAUCAAGCUCUAGCCAUGCAGCAUGGACAUGCAUUAACCUAUUUCCCACCCUUUCACCUGGGUCCCCAUCCAGAUUUUCAAUCAUCUGUGGAGUUAACACCUUUGUCAUCAUUUAGUGAAACACCACCUUCGGCUUCCUCGUCAUCUUUUUCCACACCAGAAACUCGUGAGGAGGAACAGCCCAAGGUGGUAGUACCUAAUAUAGAGGAAGAACUUGGUUUCCUUGCAGAACAACGAGCUAAUACUGCAUCAUCGGUAGCACCCUCUUCUCAGCAGCAGAAUUUAAACAGUGCUUCCCAAGACGCUGCUACAAAAACUAUGGAAAAAAAAUUCAAUGUUCCGGUCACGGGCCCCGGUUCAGGUUUCAUGGCUUCUUAUUUGAAAUUUUUACAAGGGGAACGUGAUACGUCUCCUCCGCCGGCCGGUAGAGGCGCCAGAAAGUCGACUUGGUCUAGGACUAACACAAAUAGCAAUACAAACAAUACGAAACCAUUUACUCCAAAUGAACACAAUAAGAGCCAAUGUGAAUCAAAUACUCCUCAACAAAGUGCAAAUGGUGCGAUGGCGCCGACAAAUGCAAUUAGCACUGGAAUGUCUCUAAGUAAUCCAGUUAUGAGUUCAUCAGUUAAUAUAAGCACAGCUAGUUUAUUAGGAGCUAAUCAGAUACAUGGUUCACCAUCAAAUAUAUUAAGUACACAAGGGAAGACUGAGAUGGAUGAUCGUUAUUAUAACAUGAACAAAGACAGAAAAAGAAAGUAUGAUGGUACGGAGGAAAGUGCUUAUGAUGCGGAGGAGGAAGCAAGAAGGUUGAAUAAGCCUGUGCUCAAUGUGCCUAGUACACCAUUGAAUGAUAAAGGGAAGAAGGGACGAACGACGAUGAACAAACCGACGCCGUCGGCUGUAGUGGCGCCUCAGCCGGCCGCGCCUAAGAAGCCACGAGCGCCUGCUCCGCCGCCCGUGGCUGCGCUUCAAGCAGCGCCACAGCAACAAUACUAUUACCAACACCAGCCCGAGGAAGUUCCUGCACAUGGAGCUGCAUUGGAAUAUGCAAAUUAUACUGCUACUGACAAUGAUGCAAACAGAAAAUUACAUCAUAUUAAGUCACACCCACAAGUUUCAAGUACAGGCCAAAUUGAUAACACAAGACCGAUUGAGGAGAUGCCUUAUCAGUCUGGUGAAUUUGUGGCCAUUAAAACUGAUCUUAAUGAAAUGUGGCCUGCUAUAUGGCGUGUGGAUGGAAAAACACUGCUGCAGAAAUACGAACCAUUUGAAGAAAAUGGAAAAGUUUUAUAUCGGAAUAUAUCUACGUAUGCAGCAUGGAAUCCUGAUAAUAAAAAACUUUACACCCAGGUGCCUGUCAAAGUGCGCUCACAAUCACAUUUAGAGACAAUAGUUGAAUUAGUUAGGAGUGAGCUGCCACUUGACGAUUGCAAUUUCAUAGAGAAAAGAAUGUUAGAAACGCAAAUGUAUCAAGAAAAUUUCGAAGUGUAUAUACAAACUUUAAUAUCACAUGCCUUGGAUCCCAAUUUUCUCACAGAAAUUUUCCAGGAACAAGACGAAUACUUCUUAUCGAACGUGAAAACCGUGGACGAGGUGACGGAGACGAUGCGGGCGCGCGUGUCGGGGGGCGCGGCGGGCGCGGGCACGGCGGGCGCGCGCGCGCUGGACGCGGCGGCGGCCACGUGGCCCGGCCUCAGCGUGGCGGCGGGCGCGGGCGCCUGCCGCGCCUGCGCUCGCCCCGCCGUCGCGCGCCUGCUGCUCUACGGACAGCCCUACAACCCCGCCACCCUCGAGCCCGUGCAGCCCGACGCUCGCCUCGCAUACGAGAAGGAAUUUCUCGUUUGUGGGACGUGUUGCGGCCGUGUGCAAUUAUAUUCGAGAAUAUCACAUCAAAAAUAUCUAAUGUAUGCUGAAUGCAGCAAACGUGUUGCUGAUAAGCGGAUGCAAAAUCCCAGCAAAGACACUACCAUAAUAUUAAAUGAGUUAUUAGCAGACGAAGUUUGGCUGUCACAGCUGUUUCGCGACGUUCGGCAUUCGUGGGCCGAGGCCGAAUCCUGGGAGCGUAAAAUGCGGCACGCGAUGACGAGACAAAUGAUUUAA